AAUAAAAUAUCUCUUUAGUCUAUUACUCCAGUAUCACUACUUUAGUCGUGUCGCUAUCAAGUAUCGAAUGUAAACUUGAAUAAAGUUAUGUCUCUAUACAUUAUUAAACAAAAUAAAUAAGAAUUAUCAUACAAUUUGAGAGUGAACCACAAUGGACGUUGACGACUCCGCCGUCGAUCUUAGCGUGAGCAGGUCUUUACCGCCUGAACUCAGUGAAUUAAGAGCUCUCACUGCCAGCGGACUAACCAUAACACCUGCACAACCACCACCUCAUGGUUCGGCUGGUAAGAGGGUACUUCGCCCCCGCGCCGAUCAGCGCAGUUACGCGGAGAGCCCUGAUAUAGUGCUGCUGCCCGCAGACCCUCCGCACAGGAAGCCGGUGUUGCCAGCACCUUCACCGUUUACCGAUGUGAGCAGUAAGCUGAACACAAACGUCAACCUGUCUAUAACGGCCAGCGAGUGUGCCAGGGACCCUAUGGACGACGAAGAGUCUGACGGAGAGAACGAACCACCCCUCCCAACACCCGCGCACAGGGAGCUAUCCAGCGCUGAGAUAUGGGAACGAGAGCGACGUCUGAGAUCACUGCGAGAGAAGCUGCGGGCGGAGGAGACGCGCCUCGUACUCCUCAGGAAGCUGAGACAAUCACAACAAGCCACUGUCACGACUACUAAGGAAUCUGUGUGCCCGUCCCCCGGCACGGCCCUGGCCGGAAGCGGGUGUGUGGUGCCCCCCGGGGUCACGGUCACCCCCGCCCCGCCGCCCGCGCACCAACACGCCAAGCGCGGUAGUGUGUCGGGCGCCGCUGGCAACCUGUCCACGGCUAGACGCACGGCCAGUCUGCCAGGGGGCGCCACUCUCACGCCGGGCCCGUACAGGACUCAGUCAUCAGGGGGCGCUAGCAUCACUCCAUCGGUGACGAUCACACCAGCGCCGCCUCCGACACACGCCCACAAUAACAACAACACCACCAACAACAAUAAGGCCAGUUCUCGCAGCUCCGAGGACCCGCAGACGCCGGCCCAGAGGCAGGCGGCCGCCAAACUGGCGCUCAGGAAACAGCUGGAGAAGACACUGUUACAGAUCCCGCCUCCCAAGCCCCCCCCGCCGGAGAUGAACUUCAUCCCCUCCCCCAGCAACACGGACUUCGUGUACCUCGUGGGGCUGGAACACGUGGUGGACUACCUCACUAACGAGGACCGGAUGCCGCGGUCGUCGGUGCCGGCGGUGUGCGCGCAGUGCGGCUGCGACUUCACGGCCGUGUGGCGCUGGGAGCGCGCGCCCGCCCGCAGGCAGGACGCCACCUUCCCGACGCCGCACACGCACACGCCGCGCAGGCUGUGCGAGCUCUGCGUCUCCGGGAACGUCAAGAGGGCGCUCAAGGCGGAGCACACGGCCAGGCUGAAGACGGCCUUCGUCCGAGCGCUGCAGCAGGAGCAGGAGAUAGAGAGACGACUGGCGGCGCCCAGCCCGCCGCCCCCCGCCAGCGCGGCCCCGCCGCCCGCCCACACGCACCAUCACAGACCGCAGACGAUGUCGGUAUCUCGUUCGUCGAGCCGCGCCAGUGUGUCUUCUAGCGCGUCGCCGGCCGCCAAGCCUCAGCCGCCUCCCGCCAGUAGUAGCCGCAGCCUGAACACUUCGGAGUCUAGAGGUCAUCAUGCGGAGCGGGCCAGGGACAACGAGGGGAACAAUAAGAAAGGGUCUUCAUCAAGCACCAGCAGUCAAGGGAGCAGCAAACAACAUCAACUGGCAGCAGCUGCGGCCGCUCAGAUGGCCUUCGAGCAGCAGAGCGCGGCCGCCAUGCAGGCGUUGCAGCACCAGCUGCUGAGAGGUCUGAGCGGCGCGGGCGGGACGGGCGGCGUGUCGCAGGCGGCGGCCGCGGCGGCCAUGAUGCAGUUCUCUCCCCUGCUCUACACAUACCAGCUGGCCAUGGCCCAGGCCAGCGCUCUCGGCAAGAGAUCCGGCAAAGGUUCGAGUAACGCCGCCAUGGCCGCGGAGAUGCAGCGCGUAGCCGAAGCUCAGAGACAGUACCUACUGGACAUGAUCCCGGGACAACACGCGCGCAACCCCUGGACCAAGAACUAGGCUUGUGUUAUAUAUGCAUACACAGCUAUAUAUAGAUUCCUGUUCGUGAGAUGGCCGAGUAUUCGAGGAUUACAAGAAUACAGUCGCGGAAUAGUUUUAAUAAUCUUUGACACGUUUUAGGUUAACAUAGAGUAAGACGGACUACAGAGGGAGCUAGGCUAGGCUAGGCUAGGCUAGGCGUAAUGGAAUAAUGUAACGUUAGCAGUAAAAUAAACAGCACAAGAAAUACGUAAUUAUAAAUGAAUUGAUAAGUAUCUAGCGCGUAUGAGAUCUAACUUCAUUUUAUAUGUGGAUUUUUAAACUUCAAUAAAGAUUGUAAACAAA